AUAAUCUUCAAUCUCCAAGAUAAUAACAUAACCUGUAUAGCAAGUUUGGAUCUGAAAUUUUUAAUACGAAUAUCAUAACGAAUGUCGAAGUCAUAAUUCAUCGAAACAACUAUGUUUACAGGCCAAUUAACUUUAUCGAUCUCACGAUCAGUUAAAAGUAAUUUAACGAAUAUUCGAAAAAUAAGUGCUGCAAUUAACACUAACUGCGUAAAGUCUCUAUUAUACAAGGAAUACGGCGAUCCCAUUAAAGUUCUUCAAGUAACAACGCAAACAAUACAACAGCCAAUAGGCAAACAAGUAUCUGUAAAAUGGCUACUAUCCCCAGUAAAUCCAGCCGAUAUAAAUAUAAUACAAGGAAAAUAUCCUAGCAGGCCUCCUCUGCCAGCAGUACCAGGAAAUGAGGGAGUUGGAGAAAUAAUUGCAAUUGGGUCUGAUGUUCAAGGUUUGCAUGUCGGAGACAGAGUAGUACCAAAUGGUCCUAAUUUUGGAAUCUGGAGAACACGAGCUAAUUAUGAUUCGAAGGAUGUUAUGAAGAUAUCAAGUGAUAUUGAUCUAGUUGUAGCCAGUAUGAUGAAUGUGAAUCCAUGUACAGCAUACAGAAUGCUGAAGGAUUUUGUUCCAUUAAAACCUGGAGAUACUGUGAUACAAAAUGGUGGCAAUUCUGCAGUUGGUCAACUAGUCAUUCAAUUAUGUAAAAUAUGGAAUUAUAAGUCUGUCAGUGUUGUUAGAGAUAGACCAAACAUACAAGAGUUAAAGAAUCAAUUGACGAGCUUAGGAGCAGACGAAGUGCUAACCGAGGAGGAAGUCCGAAAUACACAGUUGUUUAAAAAUAAAAAGUUACUUGCACCGAAAUUAGCUCUUAAUUGUAUCGGUGGACAGAACGCAACUGAAAUAGUGAGACAUCUUGCCCAUGGUGGUAUUAUGGUAACUUACGGCGGUAUGUCUAGAGAACCAUUAACUAUACCAAUAUCCGCACUUAUAUUUAAGGACAUAUCAUUCAAAGGAUUUUGGAUGACAACCUGGACAAAAACAAAUAUGGAUUCUCAGGAGAGAUUGGAUAUGUUUAAGAAUUUAGCAAAUUUCUUUAUAGAUAAGAAAUUGCAACCGCCACCAUAUAAACUGGUGCCUUUCCGCGAAUAUCAAGAAGCUAUUGCUAAAGCGCUCAGUUUCGAUGGUCGAACAGGUGUAAAGUAUAUUUUAGAUUUAACAGAAUCUUAA